UUCACCGCAUAGCCGCUGGGAGAGACCAGUCGCUUCGACGGUCAAAUGUCGUCGGCUCUGGCGCACUAUGAGAAUUUCCUGCUCAACAAUGCAUCCGUAAUCUCAACUCUCGAAUCAUCCCUCAGGUCGAUGACCUGGUUUCUUCCCGGUCGUUUCAAGGAUGCGGAGUUAGCUUCUGAGGCAUUGUCCGCAUUUCUCAACCUCAUGAGCAUGUAUCACGAUGCGCUUCUGUCUCGCAUUGCUCAUGCCGACCCGAAUUUCAAACCAUUACUGCCGCCGUCUGCACAUUCACGUUACACCCGCGCCUGGUCGGACAAAUCUGCUCGGUACAAAUGGGCCGCUCGGACAUUGGAAGUGAUACGCUUCACGGAACUAGUUCUAGAAAUGGGUAUGAGGAGAAAAGUGUCUAACAAGACGAAAUGGAGGGGGAUUGUUUUGCUGGAAGUGAUCAAAGCGGUGCUCCGGCUUAUCAUCCUCAAGAUUACCCGACGACCAUUGCUCUCGCCCCCUCUGCCUGAGCGCGACUUCGAUCCAACAACCAUUGAACUCCAAUCAGCGUCGUCAUCACCGACCCUUGCGCCCUCUUCUCAUCCUGACUCACCGUUGAUGACACCAGAGCACUUAAAGAAUAACCACAUCUCUUUGGACAACCCUAACUCGUUCUUGAACAAGCCUGCUGCAUUGUCAAGUGAUGCUCCUGUUGAAGAAUACUUAUUACCGAAAGCGCUAUCUACAUCAUCGGUUAAGGAGCCGACAACUCUCAUCCGCGAACUCAGCUCUCCAGCAGACUGGGUCGCAGAGAUUAUUUAUAUUUUAAGACCUCUGAUCUAUGUCGGGGUUAUUAGCCGGAAUCCGAAGUCGACAAAUCCAUUGAUUGUUUCGUUGUCGCUUGAACUUUUCUCUCGCUACCUGAGGCGAGUUCCACGACCGUCUUCAGCACUUGAGCGUAGUGAAUACGCACGACGUGACCGUGAUUUCUUGUGGUAUUUGCUGCGUGGAUCUAUAUGGCAGUCAUAUACGAGACCGAAGCUAGAGGCAUUUGCCAACAAGACGGCGGAUAAACCUGUCUUGGGUCUCCUGAGCGCCUUCAUCCAGGAUUGGAUACCGUUAAUUGAGGACUAUUAUUAUUAUACUGCAACCUGAUGUACGGUUCUACCCAGUCCGACUAUUUAAUUCCCCCUUGCUGAUAGUUACUGUCUUGUUCAACACUAGCGUACACUGUCUUUUCUAAAUCCUUGUGUAAAUAAGUACUAUGAUUUUUUUGUUUUUGCUUUUUCA